UUUAUAAACGAGGCCCCUGGAGUGUAGGCCUAUUGUACGCAGAUUGUGGUGGGCUGAGAUCAGAGUAAUCACUGGGAAAUGGCCAACCCACUCCGAGCAGAGCUAGUGCAACUGUACAAAACUGAGCACACUUUGCUGUUUCAUGGACGGGAGUAUCCAAAAGGAGCUGAAUAUUCCAGAGACAGACUGAGGGCUGCAUUUGCCAAGAAUAAAGAUGUGAGCGACCCCGAGAAGAUCAAAGAUCUCAUCAGCCGAGGAGAAUUUGUGGUGAAAGAGCUCGAGGCCCUCUAUUACCUCCGGAAGUACAGAGCCUCAGAGCCUUGAAGAAGCGAUAUUACGAAACGGAGUGAAUAAAAUCACAUGCUACAUGGCAUGAUGCCUGACAUUUACAUAAACAACAGCGAUAGAAUGACUGUAACAGCAACAUAUAU